AUGGCUCUAAGCAAGGACCAGAUGAUGCGGUAUAUGGAGACGUAUCACCAGCAACAAGGGAUUGCCAUGAUACCCAGGGGAUCAGCAACCUGGAAAGCGCACCUGAAACUAUUGCUGCAGGUGAAAAUCAGGGCAUUCCAGCGGCAACCACCACGCCGAGCCAAUGUACCACCCGGGUGUGCUAGAUGUGGGCAGAAUGGGCAUCCCGCUCGGCUCUGCACCAAUUUGCCCAGGGAGGACAGGCCAUUUUGUGAAGAAUGCCUACAAUUUUACACCGGUAGAUGUAGGGGGCCUCACGGUAGACUGCACCUGGCGGUCCGCGGUCGCUGCAUGGUCUGCGCGCGGGUGAUGGAGGCAUCGAGAUGCCCUCAUGGUCAUGGGGAUACCGGAGACCAGCUAAGCGAGUUACCCUGGCUGGGGUGGCUCACCGAUGAUGACCGUCUACGCCGAGUAUACUCUCUGGAGCAGAUGGGUCCGAAUGAUCAAGAUGAUAGUGAUCAUAAUGAUCAUUGUGAUGAUAAUGAUAGUGAUCAUUAUGUUCGAAAUGGUGAUCAUGAUGGUGAUCAUAAUGAUCAUAAAUAUCAUGAUGGUGAUCAUGGUAGUCAUGAUGAUAAUCAUUAUGAUCGUGAUAGUGAUCAUGAUGGUUAUGAUAGUAAUCAUGAUGAUUGUGAUAAUCAUAAUGGUGAUCAUGACUAUCAUGAUGGUGAUUAUGAUGGUCAUGAUAGUAAUCAUAAUGAUCAUGAUGGCCAUAAUAAUGAUCAUGACUACCUUGAUGGUGAUAAUAAUGAUCAUGCUGGUCAUGACGGUAAUCAUGAUGAUCAUGAUAGUGAUUAUAAUAAUCAUGAUAGUGAUCAUGGUGAUCAUGAUAGUGAUUACUAUGAUUAUGAUAUUGAAUAUGAUAGUGAUCAUAAUGAUCAUUGUGAUGAUAAUGAUAGUGAUCAUUAUGUUCGAAAUGGUGAUCAUGAUGGUGAUCAUAAUGAUCAUAAAUAUCAUGAUGGUGAUCAUGGUAGUCAUGAUGAUAAUCAUUAUGAUCGUGAUAGUGAUCAUGAUGGUUAUGAUAGUAAUCAUGAUGAUUGUGAUAAUCAUAAUGGUGAUCAUGACUAUCAUGAUGGUGAUUAUGAUGGUCAUGAUAGUAAUCAUAAUGAUCAUGAUGGCCAUAAUAAUGAUCAUGACUACCUUGAUGGUGAUAAUAAUGAUCAUGCUGGUCAUGACGGUAAUCAUGAUGAUCAUGAUAGUGAUUAUAAUAAUCAUGAUAGUGAUCAUGGUGAUCAUGAUAGUGAUUACUAUGAUUAUGAUAUUGAAUAUGAUGGUGAUUAUAAUGAUUAUGUUUGUGAUCAUGUCUAUCAUGAUAGUAAUAAUGCUGGUGACCAUGAUAGUGAUAAUGAUGAUGAUUAUGAUGGUAAUGAUCAUGGUGAUCAUAAUGAUCAUGAUGGUGAUUAUGAUGAUCAUGAUGAUCACUAUAGCUAUAAUGGUGAUCAUGACUAUCAUGAUGUCGAUUAUAAUGGUCUUGACAGUAAUCAUGAUGAUCAUAAUAGUCAUGACAGUAAUCGUAAUGAUCAUCAUAGUGUUCAUGAUGAUCAUGAGAUUGCUCAUGAUAGUAAUCGUGAUGGUGAUAAUGAUAGGAAUAAUAAUGGUGACCAUGAUAGUGAUCAUGAUGUCAAUCAUAAUGAUCAUGAUAGGGAUUAUGAUGAUCAUGAUGAUCAUGAUGCUGAUCAUGAUGGUGGUCGUGAUGAUCAUGAUUGUGAUUAUGGUCGAGAUGGUCAUGAUGAUCAUGAUGGUGAUUAUGAUAGUAAUUAUGAUGGUGAUCAUGAUGGUGAUCAUGUCGCUAAUAAUAGUAAUCAUAAAGAUCGUGAUAAUCAUGACGGUGAUCAUUGCUAUUAUGAUAGUUACUGUGACGAUCGUGAUGGUGAUCAUGAUGUUGAUCAUGAUAGUGAUCAUAAUGUGAUCAUUAUGAUCAUGAUGAGUGAUCAUAAUGAUAAUGUUAUCAAAUAUAAUGAUCAUGAUAAUGAUCAUGACGAUCAUGAGAUUGAUCAUGAUAGUGAUCGUGAUGGUGAUCAUGAUAGUAAUAAUGAUGAUGGUCAUGAUGAUCAUGAUGGUGAUUAUGAUAGUAAUUAUGAUGGUGAUCAUGAUGGUGAUCAUGUCGCUAAUAAUAGUAAUCAUAAAGAUCGUGAUAAUCAUGACGGUGAUCAUUGCUAUUAUGAUAGUUACUGUGACGAUCGUGAUGGUGAUCAUGAUGUUGAUCAUGAUAGUGAUCAUAAUAGUGAUCAUAAUGAUAAUGUUAUCAAAUAUAAUGAUCAUGAUAAUGAUCAUGACGAUCAUGAGAUUGAUCAUGAUAGUGAUCGUGAUGGUGAUCAUGAUAGUAAUAAUGAUGGUGACCAUGAUAGUGAUCAUGAUGUCAUCAUAAUGAUCAUGAUGGUGAUUAUGACGAUCAUGAUGAUCAUGAUGAUCAUAAUGGUGGUUGUGAUGAUCAUGAUUGUGAUUAUGAUCAAGAUGGUCAUGAUGAUCAUGAUGGUGAUUAUGAUAAGUGAUCAUAAUGAUCGUGUUAUCGAAUAUGAUGAUCAUGAUGAUGUUCAUGACGAUCAAGAUGGUAAUAAUGAUGAUCAUAAUAAUAAUCAUAAUGAUUAUGAUGAUCAUGAUAGAGAUCAUGAUGAUGAUUUUAAAGAUCAUGUUGGUGUAUGUGAUGGUAAUCAUGACGGUGGUUAUGGUGAUCAUGAUGGUGAUCAUGAUGAUCGUGAAAGUGAUCAUGAUGGCGAUCAUGAUGAUCAUGACUGUCAUGAUGAUGAUAGUGAUCAUGAUAGCGAUCACGAUAAUAAUAAUGCUGAUCAUGUCGAUCAUGAUGUUAAUCAUAAUGAUUCUGUCAAUCAUGAUAGUGAUCAUGAUGAUUAUGAUAGUUAUCAUGAUGAUCAUGAUGGUCAUAAUUAUGAUCAUGACAGUCAUGAUGGUGAUCAUGACAGUCAUGAUGGUGAUCAUGAUAGUGAUCACGAUAAUGAUUAUGAUGUUGAUCAUGAUGGUCAACAUGCUGGUGAUCAUUAUAGUAAUCAUGAUGCUGAUCAUAAAAGUAAUUAUGAUGGUGAUCAUAAUGGUGAUCAUACUGGUGAUCCUAAUGGUGAUCAUAAUUAUGAUAAUGUUGAUCAUAAUAAUUAUGAUGAUCAUGACGGUGAUUAUAAUGGUGAUGAUGGUGAACAUGACGGUGAUCGUGAUAUUGAUCAUGAUGGUCACGACGGAGAUUAUAAUGAUCAUGAUCGUCACAACGGUUUAAAUGAUGAUCACGAUGAUCAUGAUGGUGAUCAUAAGGGUAAUCAUGAUAGUGAUCAUAAUGGUGAUCAUGAUAUUGAUUAUAAUGUCAAUCAUGAUAGUGGUCAUGACGGUGAUCGUGAUGGCGAUUAUCCUGAUAAAGAUCCUGAUAGUGGACAUAAUCGUGAUCAUGACAAUGAUCACAAUAUUGAUCGCGAGAGUGAUAAUGAUGGCGAUUAUGAUAGUGAUCAUGGUGGUGAUCGUGGCAGUGAUCAUGAUGGCGAUCAUCAUAGUGAACAUAAUGGCGAUCAUGAUAGUGAUCAUGAUGGUGAUCGUGAUGGUGAUUACGAUGAUUUCCAUAAUAUUCAUGAUGGUGAUCAUAAGGAUCAUGAUUAUCAUUGA